AUGUCUUUCAAGAAGGAUCUGGAGAGCGAACUCUUCAAUUACACCAGCGGGCGAUUUCUCGCCAACGAGACCCUUCGCCUCCGAGAGCGCAGUCUCAUCUUCAACAUUCCCGGACUCGUAAAAAUCAUUGCUCGGACACAGCGGUGCCAGCCUGAAGCGAUCGCCGGAUUUCGAAAGCUUGGAGACGGUAGCCUCAACCGCGCCUUCCUCAUCACCCUAGAAAGCGGCUUACAGCUCGUCGCGCGCAUUCCUUAUCCCCUCUUGAUUCCCAAGUCGUAG